AUGCGAUGUGGCCAUAAAAUGUACCGUCUCGUCGACAACCGGUCGAGAUGCGCUCCAGUUCGUCGGCCCAGUUUCGAAGUUGAACCGACUGUCCGUCAACAGCUUCACCGUCGGAACCGCGACUCGAGCCGAUCACCUCAAACCGGACUCAGACGCCGAGUGAAAGUGUACAUUUCUGUCCGUCAGUCUCACCUUAUCUGGCUGUACUGCACAUGCCAACAGUUUGCUCAAGCCUUACGGCAGAAAUCCUGCUCAUCUCGCCUGGCAACCGUGCUUGGCAGUCUGUCAAAAACCUAUUCUCCAGACGGUGGAUGGCCGUCGGCCAGGCGACUCGGUACCAUCAUCCUCCCAGGCCCCUACUACAAGCCACCACCAAACCGACCGACCGACCGACCGACCGACCGACUAGGCCGUCCCGCUCGACUUGUCGUUUCAUUAGAAAAGUGUCACUUCUUUCGGUAG